GUCGUGCUCUCAUUUGUAAACAACAGACCUCUGCAAAAAGUAAAUGUAACUCAUGUAAUUUUUGCUGUUUUGUUUUCUUUUUCGGUUUGCAGCUGGCUUAGCAUUGGGUAUGCGGGUCAGCUUUGAACACAUAAUUUUUUGGCAAAACAACACUUGAGUAAGUUUACAAACUCAAAAAAGAACAAAAUUAUCUCAUCGUCCACAAACGAAGAAGAAAGGAUUCAAAAAGAAAAACACAACCAGGAGUUUCACUAAAAUAGGAUUAAAAUUACAAGAAAAAAUUGUUUUAUUAAAAUAAAUUUUGAAACUGUUAACGUCGCGAUUGUCUAGGAAAGCAAUCAAAAACAAAAUUGAUAUCAACAUUUAAAAAGCAACAUGCCGCCAAACGCUGCUCCCGCUUCUCAAACGAUUACUGAAUCGCUUUUAGCUGCUGGUGGUAUUUCCGAAGGUAAUCCUAAAGUUUUGACUGAAGCCACCACCGGUGUCUUGUUCGAACAAGAUGCUGAAACAAUUGAUGGUGGUUUGGUAAAGGAUAUUGAAAAAUUGAAAAAGGCUGAAAAACGUAAACUGAAAUUGGUAUGGCGUAAUAUAAUUGCAUUCGGUUAUUUGCAUUUGGCUGCAUUGUAUGGCGCUUAUCUUAUCUGCACUUCGGCUAAAUGGCAAACCAUAGCUUUUGCAUUCGGUUUGUACCUCAUCUCUGGCUUGGGUAUUACAGCCGGUGCCCAUAGAUUGUGGGCCCAUCGUUCAUACAAAGCCAAAUGGCCAUUGCGUUUAAUAUUGAUGAUCUUCAAUACAAUUGCUUUCCAAGAUGCCGCCUAUCACUGGUCCCGUGAUCAUCGUGUACAUCACAAAUAUUCCGAAACCGAUGCUGAUCCCCACAAUGCCACCCGCGGCUUUUUCUUCUCUCACAUUGGCUGGUUAUUGUGCAAGAAACAUCCCGAAGUAAAGGCCAAGGGUAAGGGUGUCGAUAUGAGCGAUUUGAGAAAUGAUAAAAUCAUUAUGUUCCAAAAGAAAUACUACAUGAUUUUGAUGCCUUUGUUGUGUUUCCUUUUGCCCACUAUUAUUCCCAUGUACGGCUGGAAUGAAAGUUUCAUUAACUCUUGGUUUGUGGCCACUAUGUUCCGUUGGUGUUUUGUUUUGAAUGUUACCUGGUUGGUCAACAGUGCUGCUCACAAAUUUGGCGGCAAACCUUACGAUAAAUACAUCAAUCCUUCUGAAAACUCCUCAGUUGCUAUUUUGGCUUUCGGUGAAGGCUGGCAUAACUAUCAUCAUGUUUUCCCUUGGGAUUAUAAAACCGCCGAAUUCGGUCAAUACUCCAUGAACUUAACCACAGCUUUUAUUGAUUUCUUUGCCAAAAUCGGCUGGGCUUACGAUUUAAAAACAGUUUCUGCUGAUAUUAUCAAGAAACGUGUGAAACGUACUGGUGAUGGUUCUCACGAAAUCUGGGGUUGGGGUGAUAAGGAUCAACCUAAAGAAGAAAUUGAUGCUGCUGUUAUAAUCAACAAAAAAGAUGAAUAAAUUCUAUACGUUAGCAGUAUCAAACGUCCAUGCACUAAAAGAAAAUAUUAUUAAAAAACCAACAACAACAACUAAAAAAUCAGGGAUAAAAUGAAGGGAAGGUGUGCUCUAAACCAAAAUAUACCAAAAAAAAAACACACACACAAACUAAAACUUUAAAAACAACAACUUAAAGUAAAGAGUCGUCGUCAUUUUUAUAGAUUGUCAUUGAAAAAAAAACAACAACAAAGAAAUCAAGAAAAAUUCCUUAACAAUAGCUUUCUAUUUAAAAAAAAAUAAUGAAGAAAAACUAAAGCAUUAAGGUGGUGAAUUCGAAAACUGUUGUGAUCUCAUCACCAAACAAAUGGCAACAAACAAAAGUUAAAAACAACAUAAUUUCAACUGAAAUUUUACGAGUUCCUAGAACUCUUUAAACAAAUUAUAUUAUAUAUUAAACUAAAUAUAUUGAUAACAUACACAUACACCAAAAUAAAA